CAGGUCUGUGGGUGACAACACUGGGACAGCGACUCUAAUCGGUUGAUUCGUUGUCAUGGAGCGAUGCUUUAGUGUCAGCAGGGAUGGUUCUGCUCCUUGCUCCCCACCUCCAUCAGCAUCGCCUCCUACUCCCCCUCAAGUCCUCCCUUCCCCACGACACCCCCCUCCUGUUCCUCCCUCUUCUCCCCCGUCAGCCCUGACUCCUCCCCCCCGACAGAGAAGGCUGAGUUUUACUGGAGCCAUGGUGGACGUCAGUAAGUGGCCUCUGUUCUGUUUGCUGAGCACCGAGGAACUGGCCACGGUCCGACAGGCCUGUGUGUUUGGGACUUCUGCUAAUGAAGCCAUCUACAUCACACAUGCCAACGAGGUGUUCGUGUUUGGGUUGAACUGCAGUAGCUGCCUCGGCACGGGAGACAAUCUGAGCACCAUUGUGCCAAAGAAACUGGACUUCCUGCGAGGGAAGAAGGUAGUCAGCCUGAGCUAUGGCAGCGGGCCACAUGUUGUAUUGGUGACUGAGGACGGACAGAUAUUUGCUUGGGGGCACAAUGGCUACAGUCAGCUGGGGAAUGGGACGACCAACCAGGGACUGUCCCCGGUCCUGGUCACCGCUAUCCUACAGAGCAAGAAAGUGAAAGAGGUUUCUUGUGGCUCACAUCACUCCAUGGCUCUCACUCAGGACGGAGAGGUCUAUGCAUGGGGUUAUAAUAACUGCGGUCAGAUCGGUUCCGGCUCCACAGCCAACCAGCCUUACCCCAGGAAAGUCACCAGCUGCCUGCAGGGAAAGACUGCAGUGGGCAUAAUGUGCGGACAGACCUCCUCCAUGGCUCUGGUGGACAAUGGAGAGGUUUAUGGGUGGGGCUACAAUGGAAACGGACAGCUGGGUAUUGGCAACAAUGGAAACCAGCUGACGCCUUGCCGCCUCGUUGGCCUGCAGGGGCUGUGUAUACAACAGAUCGUAUCAGGCUACGGUCACUGCCUGGCACUAACAGACGAGGGGCUGCUGUAUGCCUGGGGAGCAAACACCUACGGUCAACUGGGAACCGGCAACAAGAGCAACAGUCUGAGCCCCGUUCAAAUCAUGGCUGACAAAGAGAGGAUUGUCGAGGUUGCAGCAUGCCAUUCAACACAUACUUCAGCAGCCAAGACCCAGAGUGGGCAGGUGUACAUGUGGGGUCAGUGUCGGGGUCAAUCCAUCGUCCUGCCGCACCUCACGCACUUCAUCAACACCGAUGACGUCUUCGCCUGCUUCGCCACACCCUCCGUCAUGUGGAGGCUGAUGUCCAUGGAACAUGAUGACUUCCUGACAGUUUCCGAGGCUCUGAGGAAAGAGUUUGACAGUCCGGAAACGGCCGACCUCAAGUUCAGCGUCGACGGCAAAUGCAUCCACGUUCACAAGGCUGUGCUGAAGAUCAGGUGUGAGCAUUUCCGCUCGAUGUUUCGCUCCCAGUGGACUGAGGACCAGCAGGACGUGAUAGAGAUCGGCCAGUUCUCUUACCCCGUCUACCGCUCCUUCCUGCAGUUUCUCUACACAGACACUGUCGACCUUCCCCCGGAGGAUGCCAUCGGCCUGCUGGAUCUCGCCACCUCUUACUGUGAAAACCGUUUGAAACGUCUGUGUCAGCAGAUCAUCAAGAGAGGGAUCACUGUCGAAAACGCCUUCACCCUGCUCUCUGCCGCCAUCAGAUACGACGCAGAGGACCUGGAAGAGUUUUGUUUCAGGUUUUGUGUAAACCAUCUGACUCAGGUGACACAGACCGGAGCCUUUUGGCAGGUCGACGGAGGAAUGCUCAAGGAGUUUAUAAGCAGGGCCAGCCGCUGCGGGGCAUUCAAGAACUGAGUGGUAAUCUUCUAUUUUUACCAUGUAUGAAUUAUAUUCUGACCAAGUGGAUGUGUUUUGCACUCCAUGUGCACACGCUAACACAUGAGCAGCCUCAGAGAGGAUUACAUCAUUCCCACGGUGUCGGACUUGAAUUUAAGCUGUGUUAUCUGUGGAUCUGAUAUCGGCACUUUGGCCUGUUCCUGUGGAGUCACUGACAAAUGCUUUUAAGUACAAAGUGAAACAUAGCACCUUUUUCUGUCAAACUUGAAUUUUUUCCUUGUUUUUUCUUGGCCAGUGCUCACAUAUCCUGAAAAUGUUCCAUCACUCUCUGGAAAAGUCUGAGUGAGACCAAAGAACUUGAGUCCACAUCUCUUUUGGGGACCUGUAACUUGUGUUUUAUUAAGAGUUUAGAUGACUGACUUAACACUGGCCAUGACAGAAGUACCACUAUACCGAAACAAAUAUCUGAAUCAAGUUUACUCUCCAUUUUUUUAUCAUUUUCAUUUUGCAGUUCAGGCAAAAGUAGCUCUAUCAUCUGGGGUUUAUUUCAUUCCGAUGCUUAAAUGCACUUUAAGAAACUGCAGUUGCUUUCUGCUACUAUGCAGUUAAACAGUAAUAGUUAAAAUAUUGAGGAAGGGGAGACAAUUAAACUCUAUUAAAAAAUGUCCCACUAGGAUAUUUUAUAAAAGCAACAUGCAAAACAUUUGAAGCACUGUUACAUUACCGACCGCAUUUUUUUCCCCCUCCUUUUCAUUGCACGUGUUAAUGUAACAAAAAUGUAUGUAAUGCAGAUGUCUGUUACACAGUAAUUCCAAACUAAUUAACACUCACCUGUCUCACCUGUUCACCAGGUAGCACAGCGGAGAAACAGCCCAAUAAAUGUCAGGAACAAAAAAUACUGACGACCACAAGUUGAAUAUCAGCUCAAACAAAGAAAAGUCUUGCGAGUUUAAUUCACCACGAACAUAAAAAGACACGAAUAUAUAUAUAUAUUUUUUAGCAAAAGUUUUCAGCCAAGUUUAAAACGUCGAGUCACUUCUUCUGCGGUCUCCUUUUCCCGCGGAGUCAACGAGCGGAAAUACGGACAGCGCCACUCUGCCAUUGCAACCCACAUUGUGGUCGGAGGUGGGAUUACAUGCUGCCUUCAGGUGCUGCUCAAAAACUCCCAAGUUAACUCGGAUUUGGUAUUUUUGACUGUUGUUUCUAAAUACCUUGGUAUACCGUAAUACCGCCCAAACAUAAGACCAAAAUAGCUAGGUAAUUCAGAGAGGGUGGUUGGAUUUUAAAUCGAGCAGUAGUUUCUGUAGUUUUUUUUCUCUAAAUACGAUGAAAAUGCACUAUGCUGAAACUUGCAAGCUAAAGCAAUAAGAACACUUUCAGCAAAAUUAAAGGUUAUAUUGUGUUUGCUUGAGUCUACAAUGACCAAAAAAAUGAUCUACCUGCAGGCCCUAGUUUUUGUUUUGUGCUGCAUCACCAAGUGUUGGUGACGCAGGAAAACAUCACAGUGUAGAUAGAGGGAGUUUUAUUGAAUUGGUCAUCUGGGAGUGUGAAUGGUGAGAUAAGUUUCUGUUUCCUCUUGUUAGGUUUCUAUUUCUUGAUGCACACACAUGCUUGUUAAACUAUAUUUUUAUUUGGUUUAAAGUUGGGUUGGACCACUGUUCAGUGAUGAAAGCACAGUUGAGUAUUGAGGUUAAAGAGCAAUUAAAGACUUGAUGAUUGAGGUUUCUGUUUCUGUGACACUGUACUGCUUUAGUAGAAUGAGGAGCAGGCUUACAGUCUUCUUGUUUUACAUGAAAAAUAACAAGCAAACUGGAAAAAAAGAUUGUUUUGCUUACUUUGUUAUAAUAAAUAUAUAUUUUAAUUAUGCUUUCUUAAGCUUUUAUGUACGUUUAUAAAACUGCUGGUAACAUACUUAAAACUUACACAGUAAUGGUUACUUUGAGGUGAUCAGCAUUAUUAUUAUGUUGGAAUUUGUAUGACUAUUUGUUUUGUUGCUGUUACAUAAUUGCAAUAUGUUAUUUUUUUUUUUUUAUAUUUAGUUAAUUGAUGACACGUUUCUGUGAAGAAAUAAAUAACU